UGUAAAAUAAUCUUAUUCAUUGAAAUUGAACCCAUUUGAUUAUAUCUUUUUGAAUAUUUGGCAAUAUGGAGGAAAGGUGUAUAAGCAUUACUAAUUUUUCAGCCGUGAAAAGACCGUAUUAUUGUUAAUAAGAUUCACAAACAUGAUUAUUUUAUCAUGGAGGAAUCCUUAUCAACAGGUGGUUUCCCGCCUUUAUCAAUUUUAUGUUUUGCCGGUAUCAACUACAAACAGCUUGAAGAUGAGUAGCCAAAAGAAAUUAGAUUUAUUUUUUAAACCUACUGCCAAAAGAAUCUUGGAAAGUUCAGAUGACUCCGUCAAUGUUAAAAGAAAUAAAUGUAUGGAUAAGGAUCUUGUUAUUGAAUCAAAAGAAAAUGGCCCAUCUUCAAAUGAAUACAAUGGUCUACUUACUGAAUUAGCUGUUUACACUGAGAAGUUAGAAAUAUUAGAUAAAAAAAUGGGACCUUCCUGGUUCAAAGCACUGAAAAAUGAAUUUGAGAAACCCUAUUUCAAAAAGCUCAAUGACUUCGUUGUUUCUGAGAGGAAGAAAAAUAUUAUUUAUCCUCCAGAAGAAAUGGUGUGGAGUUGGACCCGACAAUGUUCCAUUGACAGUAUUAAAGUUGUAAUUCUCGGACAAGAUCCAUAUCACAAUCCUGGACAAGCUCAUGGUUUAUGUUUUAGUGUUCCUACCGGUGUUGGGACACCUCCCAGCUUGAUUAAUAUGUACAAAGAAUUGGAGACUGACAUAAAUGAUUUCAAGAUUCCAAAGCAUGGAUAUUUAGUUGGCUGGGCUAGACAAGGUGUUUUACUCCUCAACGCUGUUUUAACAGUAAGAAAGAAUGCUCCUAAUUCACACAAAGACCAAGGUUGGGAAGAUUUGACGACAGCUGUUAUAAAAUAUCUUAAUGAUAACCAAAAAGGAAUUGUGUUUUUAUUAUGGGGCGCUUAUGCACAAAAAAAGGCAGAUUUCGUUGAUAAGAAGAAGCAUUGUGUUUUAAAAACAGUUCAUCCAUCUCCGCUGUCAGCUUCGAGGGGUUGGUUUGGCUGCAAACACUUUUCAAAAUGUAAUGAAUAUUUGGAAAAAGUUGGUAAAAAGCCAGUUGAUUGGACUCGUCUUCCGGAAAAGUAAAGACCAGCAAUGUUUGUUUAUAUCUUUCAUAAUUUUUAAACCAAAGUUCCUAAUUGUCAUUAAAUUUGACUUUUUUAAAAAGUUUUCAGUAACUAGAUUAUUACUUGGUGAUAAAGAUUUUUAUACCAAUGACUGGCAUGCUGUUUUAAAUUUAUGAAUAAUAAAACAUUAGAUUUUAUUAUUUAUUAGUUGGAGUCGUGAAAUUGACAAAUGACUUGUGAAUUAAUUUUUUACAAUUGUAAGAAUAAAAUACCUCAUGAUAGUGUAGUA